UGAUCGGGUGAAAGGUAAAUCUUCGAAGAAAGAGUAGGGAAGAAAGUGGCAUGACUGUGAAUCAGUCUGAAGGUAUUUUCCUUGUAGCUGAUGGUAAGGAGGCGUGUAUCAGGAUGUGAUUUCGUAGUCAACAAGGGAUGUCUUACCAGUACACAGGGACGUAUUCGAGAAGGAAUAUUUAACCAUCAGUUUUGCAUCAUGACGACUAAACCAUCCUCUGUGUGUUACUUCUUUGUCUCUCUCUGCAUUCUGAAGAAUGUUGCUAACGUAUCCCUACAUCCUGUUGAUGUCAAUUUCUCCUCCUAUGGAGGGAUGGCGGAGAGCGGCGACGACGCGGACGUUAGUGAUCUGGCGGAUGAACUUCUACCGGUAGUUUCCCAACCCAAAGUCAGGCACAUCGAGAAAACAGAGACAGUGACAAGAAUCCACAGCACCGUUGGGAAAAAUAGUGCAUUGGACAGCAUCGCAAGAGCUGGUAUUAGUGAAAUUAUUUUGAGCAGAGGUUCCAAAACUGGAGCCAGUGCCAUUGAUCCUCAAACGACUCCUUCAUCGUUGAACGCCAGCGGAACAACUCCACUAGGGGCAAGAGAUCAUGUGCUUGAGGGGUCACCUGCCAUUCCCACGUCUAUAAGGAGAUCAGACUCACAAAGUGAUACGCAAACAGAUCAAAGAAAUGAUGUGACAAUGUCCGAGUCAGUGGCCGUCGUAUCAACAGACGAAACAAAUGUUACGACAGAAAAACCCGAGCAGCGAUCUGGCCUUUCAUGGCUAUUCGGCAGUAUUAGUUCCCUCUGGAAUUCUGCUCCAGAGACGACGGUGUCCACUCCAACUUUCGCUUCGACGACUAAGGAACAUGUGCCGGAUUUCAUAUGGGACGGGUCACAACGGGACGCAUCUCAUUGGGGUGAUGCCAUUGGUCCUUAUAACUAUCAAAGCCGCCAUAAGCAAGAGGAAGACCGGGUAGUCAUCUAUGACCAUAAUUUCUUUGAUUACGACAGCUAUGAUGACGAUGAUUUCGAACUUUUUGCUGAUUAUAAUGACAUUCUAGAAGGUGAUGACUAUGAGGUGGAUAGGAAGCCGAAUACGGCGGAAGAUAGUCGCGAGGACAACGAGGAGAGGAAUGAUGAAAAAAGCAAUAGAGAUAUCGAUAGUCAUGUAAAUAAUCACAAAAAUAGUCACAAAACCGGCGACAGCACGUUAGGAACUCAUGGGAAAAGGGAUGAGAAUAGACAUGAAAACAGUGAAAGAGAAGAAAAUGACUUCAAGAAGCGAGAAAACGUCAAUGAUACGCUGAUUAAUGUUGAGAACAUCACAGAUUCAUCCGGCGGAGACAAUUUUGAUGAAGUGGUUGCGACUUCAGUAGGUGGGCCAAUGGCUACUGUCGUUGUUGAGGGGAACGAAAGGUAUGUGACAGAAGUGGUAUCUCCUACUCUUGUGCCAUCAGAUAUGCUGAAGUCAGACACAGACGGACAAAGGACGAAUGCGUCAACUGAGGUAGACAUUCUGUCAGUUACUGAGGAACCUGCAGCUGGGAACAUCAUAACGGAGGAAUCCGGCUUUGGUUCAGGGGACGGCGGGUCAGGAUCCGCCAAGCAAUGGAGCGAAUGGUCUGGUUGCAGUGCUACAUGUGGUUAUGGUUUUAGGGAGAGAUCAAGACACUGCGGCGACAGUUGCGUAUUCAAAGAUAAAGUGGAAUGCAAAGUGAAGCCUUGCUUUGAAAUAGGUCUCCAGGAUAUCUUCCCUGUAAUGCCUGGUCAAGGCACAACAGAAGAAACACUAAACACAGAAAUCGAUGCAUGCGGCAAGUGGGCAACCUGCAAGGAUGAAUUCUUUCUUAGCCAACUGAAAAACCUUGCCAGCCUGCCAAGCUGUCCCUGCUACUACCCCGUAGGUAUGGAAUUCGAUAACAAGGUGUGGGACCCCGAGAAAAAUGUCUAUGUAUCGUGGACUGAUGCAAGUAAUCCAGAGGAACAUCUUGAGGUUUAUAAACCAAGUGCAGAGCGGUGUAUCAGAUCCUUGUUAGUUCCGGAUAGCGAGGUAUUUUCUGCCCAACAUUGCUGCUAUGACAAGUGGAUGCAGCUGAUAACAAGAGGACAGGGAGCGGGGACGCCGAAUCUUGUCAGUCCAGAGCUUUCUUACAUCCUUCAUUAUAAGAUAGAUAUGCUGCCUUGGAUCAUUUGCAAAGGAGACUGGAGAAGGUACAACAAAGUCCUACCUCCUAACAAUCAACAACAGUGUACACAGAACCCCAGGGAGUUUGACUACUUGAAGCAGAUAGAGGAAAGAAAGGCCAACACAUGAAACAUCCCUGGGAAAUGGUGACAUGUUUUAACUGAAAGAACAGUGAACAAACACGCAAUCUACAAUACUGCACACUUGCGACAACAUAAGUUCAAGUGCUAUACCUUGCUAUUGUCAUUCUGUCACUCACACCAACGCCUCCCUUGGGACCAUUAGUCUGGCUGUUCCCCGAAGGACAACCUGUAAAGAAAUGCGAAUCAUAUUACUUCAAAAUCAGAAUAAGUGUGGUAACACCAUUGGUAGCGCCACCAUUCUCUCUUUCUCAUGAGUUUGACUCUGACCAAAACUUCAAAUGUUAUUUUAAACGCAAUCAUGUAUACCAACCUUAUCCCUAUUUGUUGCAACACAGUUGAAGGUGCAUUCCACAAUCCUUUUCUCGAUCUUUGUUACUUCUGCCCUGGCAGUUACUGGUUCACCAACAAACACUGGAAAGGAGUCAACCUCAUAAAUAUACCUGUAGGUCUAACCUAACACAUUUAUAACCAAGUGAUAAUCAAUGUCCUUGAGUUGACAACUUAACCUCAUUGGUUUAACUAGUACUUCUUUGUCAACAGAGCAUGAAAAGUGACCCAACCAAAUUUUCUAUGUGAUAAAUCACAUGCCAAUAGCACAGAUAUAUUCAGCAUACAAUGAACUAUGACCAGUAUCAUUAUAAAUAAAACAGAAUUUGUUGAAAAUAGUUGGUCUUUCUUCACUAUUAUUGAAUAUGUAAUUUUAAUGGUAGGUUUGCAGUUUUGCAUCAUAAUCUUCAGUGUCAUUGGAUUUGACUUGUAUUCAACAAGCAAUACUUUAUACUCUGUAGGCCUAGUAGUCAGUAUAUCAAUUAUCAUUCUUUUCAUGUGAUGAACAGGUGCACUGAAACUCAACUUACAUGCAGUUGUAAAUUCAACAGUUUGAGAGAGGUACAAUGAUCCGUGACCUCCAAUUUUUGUUCCAAAUAUGGCAGAUACCAAGCUUUCAAAUGAGAA